AUGUACCUACCGCGCUCUUUGAUAUCCAAACUCUACAUUCACCUCCAAAACUCCCGACACCCGCUUUCGCCUCCCGUUCUCAUUCUCGUCGCGCUCGAACCUGACGCCCUCUGCGGCUGCCGCAUUCUGACCCGUCUACUCAAGCAUGACUAUAUUCCGCACAAGAUACAGCCCAUCUCGGGCUACGCCGACCUCGAAAAGGCCGGCAAGGAGCUUGUAGUGCCCAUGAUGGAAUCACGAGGCGGCGCCGGCGGCCUUGUUAUUUGCCUCGGCGUCGGUGGCAUGGUUGAUCUGGGUCCGCUGCUCGGUCUUGAGCCUGAAGGCGAAGAGAAUCCCUACAGCGGUGUCGAGGUCUGGGUGCUCGAUGCCCAUCGCCCCUGGAACUUGGCCAAUGUUUUCGGUGGCUUCCCCCUGCUACCCUCCUCCGACGGGGCCGUAACCUACCAGUCGCGCAGCCCAGUCGGCGUAUCCGGUGGUGGCAUUGGACGCGCCUACAACUCCGAUCGCGGCGGAAUUGUCGUCUUUGACGACGGCGACAUCGAAGAAGACCUUAUGGCCGAACGUGAUGCAUAUCUGGCGCUGGUAGAUAUGCCAGACAUGGAUGACGAUGCCAACGACUAUGGACUGAGUGACGACGAUGACGAACCUUCAGAGCCCCGGGCUCUUGCUGGCCAGAAGCGCAAGAGCUUGUCGGGCAACGAUGACGAGUUGAGUGACGACGAAGACAGACCCCACCAACGGCGGAGGAGCAACUCGUCAAGCCCUAUCGAUUCACCGAGACGUCCGGCACAGCGAGGAUUGGUGUCACUCCGAGACCCGGAUGCCGGGCUGUCGAGCGAUCCAAUUGAGCCUCCAUCUGGCGCACAGGAGCCUCCCGCGCCCUCGGCCCGCGCCCUUCGACGAAAACUUCUGCGAAUGAGGACUGACAACGAGUCGGUGCUGCAACAAUACUACAAGAUGGGAUCGUCAUUUUCAGAACCAAUCUCAUCCAUGAUGUACUCGCUGGCCUCGGAGCUCGGUCGCGAAGACAACGACUUGCUGUGGCUUACCAUUGUUGGAGUGACGUCAAUGGAGCUGUACGGAAAGUCGUCGGCAGGUGUGGCGGCGCCUGUGCGGGCGACAAGCAAGACUCGGCAGACAGGAUGGAUGGGAGUGCGUGGUGCAAGUCUCCGCCAGUUACUACGGGAUGAGGUGCGCCGACUGAACCCGCCAGAAAUCGCCAAUGGGCGAGUCGCUCCUGAGAAUACGGGCGUCAUCCCGACCACAGCUCGCAACCCUGAAGACACCGGCAUCAGACUUUCCCCGGAGCCGCGUUUCCUCCUCAUCCGCCACUGGAGCUUAUACGACAGUAUGCUUCACUCCCCAUAUUUGUUCUCGCGCUUGAAGACGUGGAGCGAAACUGGAAUCAAGCGCCUGCACAAACUCUUGGCCAAGAUGGGCGUCAGUCUUGCGCAGUGCAAGCAGAGCUACACGCACAUGGACAUGAUGCUGAAACGAGAGUUGCGAGCCAAACUUCUCAAAUACGGCUCAUUGUACAAUCUCGAUGAGAUGGUCCCCGCGGUAGAUACGGAUGGUAAAGACCGAGCGGGUGCCAAAGACGGAUGGGGUUUCGUGAGGAGCUGGGGUUGGCGCGCAACAUUGUCGGCACAGGAUGUCGGCGUGGUCAUUGGUGCACUGCUCGAAGUUGGCAAGCACGCACAAGCCAUUGACCUAGCGUAUGCUGCCAGCCAGGCUGGCCGCGAGGUUGAAGAUGAUGCCGAAGUCGCAGCUCAGGGAGAAGAAUGGAUUAGGCGAUUCUGGGAGGCCUAUGAUGCGCUUGAGGAUAUUGACGCACUAAAGGCCGGCCUACCGACCGCCCAGUUUUUACAUCGAGCUAUUUACCGAACUGGCACAUCGCUGAUCAACAAGAAACAAAUCAAGCACCUGCGGGCGUUCCGAUUAUGCGUUGUCAAGGAUGGUCCCGAUGUAUCGCUUUUCACGCAUCCUUCGGCAUUGACAAAACUCUCGCUGUGGAUCGGAGAAGCCCUUGCCGAACAAGAGCGAGAAGCACACGGAAAGUUGUCGCAUGGCGGUCGUGGAACACCUCUGGUUGUGGCCAGCCUGCACGAGAAGCGCGGAGUCUAUAUAGUGGUUGGCACCGGCGGCGGUGGCGGGCCCGACUCGACAUUCAUGGACAAGGAAGCGGCAAAGCGGCGGCAGCAGGCCAAGGAGGCCAAGGCGAAGAAGAAGGAAGAGUCUCGUCUCGCCAAGGAGCGCGUAAAGGCGCAGAAGCGAGCAGACAAGGAAGCCGCCGGAGAAGAGGUGGAUGAGCUGGAGACUGAGUCUGAGGGCUCAGAUGCAUCGGAUUCGGAAGAUUCAGACUCGGAUGAUGAAGAGCACGACAAGGGCUACGGGCUGAACCGAUUCGGCAGCGCAUUCCAAGAAGUGAUUGGCGAGACGAGCGCUCGCGUGCGAAUCGACAGCUUCGAGCACUGCGUGGUGGAGGUGAAGAAGGAAGACUUGGGUGGCUUCCUGGAGAGUCUGAGCAUGAAGGCAGUUGUUGGAUAA